AGUUAAUUCAAUAAAAAUAUAAUCAGGUCUACAAGGAACAUAAAAUAUUUUUAAGAAAUUUAUUUUCUUAAAAAUAAUUGACCUACGAAACAAUAAAAUCAAGCAAUAUCAAUGAAUGGGCACCUUCCCUUCAUUGAAUCCCUCCCUUUGUAUUGCUCCCUCUUCCCUCUUCCCUCUCCAAAGCCUAUAAACUUUUAAAGCAAAACAAAAACCAUCGAGGAGCGGGCAGAAAUUUCACAAGGAUUCGUGAGGGCUUUCUGUCUUUCUCAAGCACUGACCAAGUAGAACGAAUCACUCUGCUUACUUAUCAGGUUCCUCUCUCUCUAUACUUUUGAAGUUUCGAGAUUUUUAUUGCCUUUCUCAAUAAUUCUUUGAAGCAAGGACAUGGGUUUUGAUGCUUGUAUGGAGAUAUAUAGAAAUGAGAAAGAAAAAUUCAAACUUUUGAGGAACAAUAGUGCUUAGUGACCCACGCCCACAUGCCCAUGGUUCGCAAAUUGGUAGCAGCUGAAUGUUUGAAAAUUCUGUGAAGGUGAAUAAAUGUAUGAAUGUGUCUAAUUCUGAGAUUUUGGCAGGCAACGGAAAUGUGAAAGUUUAAGGACAAAAUCUUUUGGCUUGAACUUUGAUCAAGCUUUUUCUUUUUUAUUCAAUCUGAUACUUGAAGAUGUUACAGUUACAUGUUAGUUGCCGAUGCAGAAUGUUUUGCAAUUGCUUUUAAAGGUUAAACUUUGGCAAGAGCAUGGCUUUGCUGCGUCGAACUUUUCCAUCUUUGAUUUCAACACCACUCAAGUAUUCCAUUCAUCCACGUGUCUGCAGUUCUUGGUUUGAGGUGGCUAGAUUUCUUCAUGAUGGCACAAAAACAGAAAGUGAUACAGUUGUAAGCUCCAUAUGUGAUUCAUUAAGGAGAGGAUAUAACUGGGAUACCCUGAAUAGAAAAUUUGAGUCUCUUCAGCUCAACAAUUUGCUUGUCAAAAAUGUACUGCUGGAAUUGAAGGAACCAACCGAUGCAAAACGGGCUCUAGGCUUCUUUCAUUGGUCAGCAAGAAGGAAUUUUGUACAUGGGGUUCAAUCAUAUUGUCUGAUGAUUCACAUAUUAAUUCAAGCUCGGCUGAUUAUGGAUGCUCAGGCAUUGCUUGAAUCACUUCUGAAGAAAAGUGUAGGGGAUCCUACAAAAUUUUUGGUUGUGGAUUCCCUCCUUAGUAGUUAUAAGAUUAUUAUAUCAAGUCCCUUAGUUUUUGAUUUGCUGGUUCAGGCUUAUGCGAAGCAGAGAAUGUUUGAGAUUGGUUUUGAUGUAUGCUGCCGCUUAGAAGAACAUAGGUUCACCUUAAGCCUUAUAAGUUUCAACACCUUGAUUCAUGUUGUUCAAAAAUCUGAUAAAAGUCCCCUGGCGUGGAAGAUUUAUGAGCAUAUGCUUCACCGAAGAACUUACCCAAAUGAAGCAACAAUCGAAAGCAUGAUCAGUGCUUUGUGUAAGGAAGGGAAGUUGCAAACAAUUGUGAACAUGUUGGAUAAGAUCCAUGGAAAGAGAUGCUCUCCUGUAGUUAUUGUUAAUACUUGUUUGGUAUUUAGGAUUUUAGAGGAGGGAAGAGUUGAACCGGGCUUGGCUUUAUUGAAAAUGAUGCUUCGGAAGAACAUGAUUCUGGAUACUGUUGCUUACUCUUUGAUUGUUUAUGCUAAAGUCAAACUUGGAAAUUUGAACUCAGCAAUGCAGGUCUAUGAAGAAAUGCUUAAGCGAGGUUUCAAUGCAAAUUCUUUUGUGUACACUUCAUUUAUAGGAGCUUAUUGUAAGGAGGAAAGAAUUGAAGAAGCAAAUCAGUUGUUGCAAGAAAUGGAAAACAUGGGUUUGAAACCAUAUGGAGACACUUUUAACUUUCUCCUUGAAGGUUGUGCUAAAGCAGGAAGAGUAGAAGAAACUUUGAGUUACUGCAAGAAAAUGAUGGAGAUGGGACAUGUUCCCAGCCUUUCAGCUUUCAAUGAGAUGGUAGGAAAGCUGUGUAGAAUAGAGGAUGUGACACGAGCAAAUGAGAUGUUGACGAAUUUGUUAGAUGAAGGGUUCUUAGCAGACGAGAUCACAUACUCUAAUCUAAUUUCUGGUUAUGCAAAAAACAAUCAGAUUCAGGAAAUGCUCAAACUUUACUAUGAAAUGGAAUAUCGCUCACUCUCUCCUGGAUUAAUGGGUUUCACUUCCUUGAUCAAGGGCCUCUGCAAUUGCGGAAAACUAGAGGAAGCAGAAAAAUAUUUAAGAAUUAUGAUAGGUCGAUCUCUAAAUCCUCGUGAGGAUGUUUAUGAAGCAUUGAUUAAAGUGUAUUUUGAAAAGGGUGACAAAAGAAGGGCUCUUAACCUCUACAACGAAAUGGUUUCUAAAGGAUUGAAGCUUUGUUGCUCGCAUUAUUUAGGUGCCAGUACAUAGAAUAUGGAAGGCUUCUUGCUGGAUUAGAGAAAUCUAGUGUGAGCUUUCAAGUCCCAGCAUCAAACUGCCUUGGCAGGUUUUUGCUUGAAUCUUGUGUAAAGAAUCCUCAAAAACUUGAAAUAAUUUUUAGAUUUUGUUUGA